GUUUGAACAUGUUAUAUGCUAGGUCUGGGUAUACCAUGAUGGUCCUGGUGUCAUCCUGUCCAUCUACUACACAUUAUAGUGGCGCAGUCAAUCUUCUUCCUGUUCGCCUCCAUGCAGGAGACCUUGCCGUGGACGGAGUGUGGGCGAGACUGGAACACGUGCUACUGCCGCAAGGCCGGCGACAACGGGACUGACCUCGACCCACUCCGAUGGUACAACUCCACAGGCCUCAACUGCACGGGAAUUGUUGUGACACCUGACAACCAAAAAAGCGCUAGUGAAGAAUACUACAAUAACUACGUCCUGUCGAAGACCAGCAGCAUUGCGGAUCCUGGAGGAGUCAAGUGGGACCUGACGUUGUGUAACCUUGCCGCCUGGAUCGUCAUCGCCCUCUCUCUCAUCAAAGGGGUCAAGACGAUGGGAAAGGUGGCCUACUUCUUUGCCUUGUUUCCCUACGUUCUGCUGACAGCGCUGCUCGUUCGGGGGGUCACUCUGGAGGGUGCUCGAGAUGGAAUCGACUUUUACCUGAAACCUGACCUCAACAAGCUGACUGAAUCUGGGGUGUGGCUGGACGCCGCCUCGCAAAUUUUCUUUUCUCUCAGCACCAGCACGGGCAGCUUGACCGCCAUGUCCAGCUAUAAUCGCUUCAAGAACAACUCGCUAAGGGAUUCCAUCACGAUUCCAAUCAUCAACUGUCUGACUAGUUUCUAUGCGGGUUUUGCCAUCUUCUCUGUCCUGGGAUACAUGGCACGGGCCAAGAACGUCUCCGUGUCGGCGGUCACAACGGAAGGUACAGGGCUUGUGUUCGUUGCCUACCCAGAGGCUUUGGCCCAGAUGCCGCUCCCACAACUGUGGUCUGUCCUCUUUUUCGUCAUGAUGAUCUGCCUCGGCAUGGGGACGCAGGUCCCCAGUGUUGAGACCCUCCUGACAGCCCUGCAGGACGAGUACAAGUUUUUUCGUGGAAAUUGCCGCUCCAUCAUCUUCCGGUUGAGCGUCUGCGCUCUCGGAUUUCUCCUUGGUCUUCCGCAGACAACACAGGGCGGGACCUACAUUCUGGAUUUGAUGGAUACAUUCGUGGGUUUUCCGUUGCUUCUUGUCGGUCUGCUCGAGUUUAUCGUCAUUGUGUGGGUCUACGGAUUUGUGCGGCUGAGUGAGGACAUCAUGAUGAUGGUGGGACACAACUCCAUCAGCAGGAAAAUCUACUACUGCUACUUCAGCUGGACAUGGACGAUUGUCGCCCCUGGGCUUAUAUUGGCCAUCAUUGUCUUCGACUCCGUCGACUAUCAACCGAUCACGGGUCCUGCGUACCCGGAAUGGGCCGAGGCUCUUGGAUGGCUGACUGUUGCCUUCAUUAUGAUGUGGACCCCUGUCUGGUUUAUCGGAAGUUACUGCUACAAGGGUGGCUUCAAGCUACUGCGACGUUUGAACCAGCCUCUGCCGGAGUGGGGACCCCUGCUGGUGGAGAACCGCACCCUCCCUCGCUACCGGCAAGAAGCUGCGGAAACACAACUACCUGAAGUAACUGAUGCAACAGACACUUACACCAGCAACAACAGCACGUGGAGCGACCCUACGACAGAAUUUUCCUUCAACAACGCAGCCUUCCAAGACGACCAAGUCGCUGAUGGGCUCAGAACUAAACUAUAAUCUCAGAGCUGUCGAGUAGAAUACCUGUGUGUGUCGUGUGUCUUUCUGAGUAUGGUUUGGGUACUACUCUAUCACAGACGGCAAUGACAGAAACGCCAAGACUUGGUUACUCAAGUGAUCAUACACUUACUUUCACUCUCCUUUGCCCCUCCUCAUUGUAAUAUAAAGAGGAAAAUACCCAUUGGAUCCGCUCCCCUUAUUAGUAUUAGGUGUAAAAAUGUAACAGUAUUAUGUGUAAUACGACAUAUUUAGUCCAAGUUUGCAAAGCGUUGCUCACAAACCUACACCCUUUGGGAGUUUCUUUCCCCCCCGAAGAGCUCGACAGUGUGCAGUCCCCGUGACAAGCUCACGUGACGCUGGCUUUAUGAAGCAGCGUCAGUCACGCGCGACGACAACACCAAAUAUUGGGGAGUCAUGUGACAUGAGCAUGAAUCAGCCUGCUAGCUACACAUAGGAUAAUUUGUGAUAGAUUGUGAGGAUACAUUGAUGAUACAUCUAAUUUAUCCUUCCGCGAUUCGUGAACUGAUUUUCCCGGAGGUCAUAGCAUUCAUUGGCGUAAGACAAUCAAAUAUCAAGCAUUUGCAAGCUCCAUUCGCAUCGUACCUUUCGCUUCAAUAUAUUUUUAUAAAGAUGUAUCAAUGUUUAUUAAUAGGAAUACCAUAGGAGCAGCACCAACAGUAAUAGUAUCUGUUGGUCAUAGAGUUGUUGCUGUUGUUGUUAUCUGAAUAUCAUCGCUGCAAGAGAGAAGUCGCUGAAAUAAAGUCCAAGGUGAUUUCUUGGCAUACUUGUCGCCACAGGACUGUGAAGCAUGACAGCUGGGUGAGAUUAUGUAAUCAGCCCACAACAUAUCGUCAAGCUUCUUGGAUGCUUAGCAGACAACCAAACCUUGCUUUUAUAAGAAAGGAAGUCAGAACGUUCAAAGAACUUCUAACGUGCUAUUUGCAUGUGUUGGACCUUGAUAUUUAUGAGAUUCGAUACAUUUCAUCAUCAAGUACCAAAAUAAAUGACAACUGACAUUUGAAUGGCUCAAAAGAAAAACAAGCAAACAACAAAGCCCUAGUCAAAUCCAUGAAGGCAUCUGACACCAAAAUAACUCAGGAUCCAGCUUAUUGGCGCCUUGUGCCUCUAAUGUUGUGCCUUGUGCCCCAAACAUGGUGCCUUUCGCAUCAAGGUAAUUAAAACAUCGAAGAAAGAACGGAACGCUAGCUUGUUUAUUCCCCGCUUCUAUUUGUUUCUUCGAGAAUGAAAUGGAAGAAAUGUAUCAGCUAUAUCAAACUUUAACAAUGAUAAUAAUCACCACUAUUGUCAUUAUCAUCAUCAUCAGUUCACCACACAAAUGUGUAAGUAAACAUUAGUCGAAUGUUUGGAGAUUUGUCGUAUUUACAUGUUUUUAUUCCAGGCAUAUACAUAAUUAAACAGUCGAUAUAACCAUUUGUACAAUAUAUACAUGAUGUAUCCUUAUGUUUAUUGUCCUUCAUUGUCUAUACCAGAGGUGGGCAAUUAAUUUUCCCAAGGGGCCGCAUGAGAAAUUGGGAUGGUUUUAGAGGGCCGGACUAAUAUA